AUACAUAUCUGACCAAACAUACCUUAUCACACACCCCCGUCUCCUCCCUUUCAAAUCUUCAUCCUAAUUCCCCCCAUUCUUUGUCCUGCCACCGUCGGCCGCGGUUUGCCGCUGCAAAAAAAGCCACCAAGUACGACCGUUUUACCUAUUAAAACCAAAACAAAAGAUCAAACAAAGGAGUUGGAUAGGGAAAGUUGAAAAUGUGUAAUGUUUGACUUUAAUGGAGUCAACGAAUUUUGGGUACUUAUGGUCUUGUGAAAAGGGUACUCAGGAAAUUUCUGUUUGUGAUGAACAUUUGAAAAUGAAUCCUGAUAGCUUUCAAGUGGACAUGGAAGCUUUCUCUCAUCUCACCACUAAAGAUGCUACAUUUAAUUCAAGAUUCCAUUUGCCAAGGAGUUUGUCCAGAAAAGGAGAAGAGAAGAAGCUGAGUAAUGCAAGCGUUGACAACGAGGGAGAUGCUAUCUUUUCACCUAAAGGGACCAUCGAACCACAAAGCCACCAUCAAAUAAGCAUCACUACCACGGUUGCUGCCGCCACGGGAACACCGAUGAAAAGCAUACCCAUUGCCAAAAGAUCAAGUAGUUUCAAACACACAUCGAUCAUUAACCCAAGUAGAAUCCUGUUCUUCUUUGCCACAAUGUCAAGCAUAGGAACCAUAAUGCUGAUAUACUUCACUCUCUCCAUGGCCAAGCAUAACAAAGAUAACACUUCCUAGAAUAGUUGCGAAAAUUUAUACGGAAAAAAGUGCUCCAUGUGAAAAAUCUAAGUUACAGGGAAUGCAACUUUUUUUUUUUCCUUUUCAUUUCCUUUAUAGGAUGUUGUAGAUCUAAAUAUGAGUUUAUUCCCUUUAAAUUGUUAACUUUUAAAAGUAAUGUUAUUUGUACCUUUUCUUGAUAUUGAAUUA